AUGGCAAAUUCAGGGCAUGCUAAACAUACUUACAAUUCUGCAGUCAAAAGAUUAUAUCCAGAGAUUUACAGAAAGUGGAGAUGGAACGUCUCUGAUAGUAAAAGUGAUGAUGUUAUAGAUUUCCAAAAUUUGGAAACACAAGAAUGCCCCAAUUGUUACAGUGAUUUGAGUAUGAAUAACUGUCAGAUACGUUUAAAACCAAAGAUGAAACUAACAGCUUCGUUGAAAAAAUUGAUAAAGAAAUCAAAAGUAGAAAAGAAUAAAUUAUCAAAGAAACAAAAACAUCUUGUUGAUUUGUAUACCAAUAGUAAGAAUAAUAUAGUAUUAAAAUGUUUAUCAUGUAGUAAAUCUAUAAAAUUUCCUGGUAUAUCAAGACCACAAAUAAUCAAUCAAAGGUUAAAGUUUAAAGUGAAGAACACAGCCAAGGAGGAUUCCAUGUCUCCAAGUAUCAUUCACAACAAACAAACAAAAGAAUGUAAGAUAAAUGAUAAAGCUCAAAGUAAGAAGAAAAAGAAGAAAAUGCAGAAUCAAAGUCUUCAGUUUAUAUUAUCUCAAGAAAAAAGAAAGAAGAGUGGAGAGACAUUGAAAGAUUUUUUAUCAAGUGUCAGAUAG